GAUGAAUGAUUUGAUUUAACUGAACUAUUGCAGAGUGGUCUAAUGGAUGAUGGAGCGGAGCAAGCACUGCUGGGUUCAUGGAUGGCACUCUUCCUCAUAUUUGCUGGCAGGAAGUUCACUCAGCCCAUUAAGGAUGACAUUGGCGAUAAAUCGGUGUUCAUGUUCAAUGCUCCGUCGGAAGAAGAGAAGAGGUCCUUGAUCCAGAGACUUGAACAGCAGCAGCAAUAGAUUUUGAGAGCAUUCCAUGCUGCUGCUGUGAAUUCAAUAUGCCAAACCUCAAAAAAGACUACUAAUGGAGCAG